GGUUGUCUUCUAUGGUCUUUGUCCCCUCAGAGACUCAGAGUGCAGAGAGGAGGAACAUGUCCGCCGUGCAGCUGCUGCGGAUGUCGGUACAUGAGCGGAUCAGCGCUGCCGCUGAAGACUUCCUGCUGCAGGUGGAGGAAGGAGGAGGAAAGGCUCGCGUCCCGGAGCUGAGAGCGAAGCUCAGCGAGCGGCUAAUGGCGGCGGGGGAUCAGAUCCUCGCGGGGCUUGAGAAAACCUUGUUAGAGUACGAGGGCCGAGUGGAGCGGGCAGAGCAGUCCGAGCGGGAGAUCUGCCGCCAGAGGAGGCUGCUCGAUGGCGUGAUGCAGCCCAAAGUCUGGCUGCACAGAGCAGUGUGUCCUGCAGACAUCAAGCAACUGAUGGUGAUUAUAGAAGAGGUUCCCCCUGAGGAGCAGGAGGACCGAGAGCCCCCCCACAUUAAAGAGGAACAGGAGGAACGGUGGACCAAUCAGGAUGGACAGAAGCUUCAGGGACUGGAGGAGGCUGAUAUCAAGUUCACAUUGACUCCUGGCACUGUGAAGAGCGAAGAAGAUGAAGAGAAACUUAAAUCGUCAAAGCUUCAUCCGAGAGAGACGAAAGAGAACAGAGCGGACUGUGGAGGACCAGAACCAGCCAGGAACUCAGGUCCUGGUGGACAUUUACAACCAGUUCCUGAGGACAAGACUGAAGACUCUUCUGAGACUGAAGACAGUGAGGAUGAUUGGAUGGAGACCAGGGAACCUCAGACUGGUUUGAAUACAAACAUCCAGCAAGUGAUAGUGAAUAAAGAAGAUGUUCCCCCUGAGGAGCAGCAUUGGAGCCCCCUUGUGGACCAGGAGGACCCUGAGCCCCACCACAUUAAAGAGGAACAGAAGGAACCGUGGACCAAUCAGUAUGGACAGCAGCUUCAAGGACUGGAGGAGGCUGAUAUCAAGUUCACAUUGACUCCUGUCGCUGUGAAGAGUGAAGAAGAUGAAGAGAAACUUAAAUCGUCAACGCUUCAUCCGAGUGAGACGAAGGAGAGCAGAGCGGACUGUGGAGGACCAGAACCAGCCAGGAACUCAGGUCCUGAUGGACGUUUACAACCAGGUCCUGAGGACAAGACUGAAGACUCUUCUGAGACUGAAGAGAGUGAGGAUCAUUGGAUGGAGACCAGGGAACCUCAGACUGGUUUGAAUACAAGAAAUAACAAACAGCCUCUCAGUGAUAUGGGAUGUAAGACAAAAAAAAAAUCGUUUAGUUGCUCUGAGUGUGGUACAAGAUUUAACCAUAGGGGCAAUCUAAAUAUCCAUAUGAGGAUUCAUACAGGAGAGAAACCGUUUAGUUGCUCCGAGUGUGGUAAACGAUUUAACCAGGGGGGCCAUCUAAAUAUACAUAAGAGGAUUCAUACAGGACAGAAACAGUUUAGUUGCUCUGAGUGUGGUAAAAGAUUUAGCCGUAGGGACAGUCUAAAUAUACAUAUGAGGAAUCAUACAGGAGAGAAACCGUUUAGUUGCUCCGACUGUGGUAAAAGAUUUAACCAAAGGGGUGAUCUAAAUACACAUUUGAGGAUUCAUACAGGAGAGAAACCGUUUAGGUGCUCUGAGUGUGGUAAUGGAUUUAGUCAUAGGGGCACUCUGAAUAGACAUAAGAGGAUUCAUACAGGAGAGAAACCGUUUAGGUGCUCUGAGUGUGAUAAAGGAUUUAGUCAUAGGGGCACUCUAAAUACACAUAAGAGGAUUCAUACGGGAGAGAAACCGUUUUGUUGAUCUGAUUGUGGUAAAAGAUUAAAGAUUCAGUCCUAUUGUACAAGACAUUUGAGGAUUCAUAAAGGAGAGAGGUGACACAGUUGCAACCUUCGCUAAAAAAAUACUUAUUAGGAUUUAUCAACAGAUAUUCAUAUUAUAAAUAAUCAUAGUUCACUGUUUUAAAUAGACUUAAAAGUUGUUAUGUCCCUUAUAAAAUAUAAAUCAUUGAAAAACACGAAAGAUCUGUGUUGAUAUAUCUUGUUUUUACUGAUUUCUACAUAAUUUCUCUAUUUUACACUCACACACAAGGACAGUGAAGCAGCGAUGACGGAGGAGCCCUCGUUGACAUGAAUGACGGUAAAUGUCAAACAGCAGGAUUGUUCCAUUCAGAGACAGCUGUGAUGUCCUCAAUCUAUAAAAUUAAGAUACAUAUUUU